UUAAAUGGACGUUUCUCUAUUAUGGGGGUAUAUUAUAGUGAGGUCCACUGUAUUUUUUCUUUUAGAUACAACAUAACUGUGAGAGGAUUGCAAGACAACAAAUCAAAGUGGACGAUAUCUGGUACAUUUGCCACUACUGACAAAACCGAACCAACAGAACUUGAUUGGCUUGGACCUCCCACAGAUCUUCGUCUAAUCGAAAAAUCUGACACAAUGCUUCACGUUACAUGGACACCUCCAGAUAUAUUUGAGCCAGAAUAUCGGGAUCUGUUAACACAUUAUCGUGUCACUAUUGCUCCUGUCGAUGAAUAUACAAUGAAAAUGGGGCCUAGAAAGAAUUACACUGUUAUGGUGCCAGGAAAUUCCAUCAAGUUUACGGAGCUACAGCCUGAAACUAUUUACAAUAUAACAGUGCAAGGUGGCACAGAUGUAGGAUAUGGACAAAUGAUUUGGGGGGCGUGGGCAACGUUGCCUACUGGGAAGACAUGGAUAUUACGAUUGAAGGACAGAACACCGAACACUUUGACUGUUGAAUGGGAACCUAUUUGGGGAUUCUCCCAUCGUGGGUAUAUUUUGACAGCUAAAUCCCUCCAUUCUAUCUACCCCCAUGUCCGUGUGGGUGGAGUCAAGUCCUUCGACGUCAGUCCAACAGCAACAGAAUUUACAAUUACCGGAUUGGAACCUGCAUCUACUUACAAUGUCACUCUUACUCUUAAAGAUCAAAUGGAUGGAGCUUGGGGGGUUUACUCAACAUUGCCUCCGGGAUGGUACUUGCCGAGAAAUUUGAAGCAUUGUGACCAGACUCCUUUUGCUACCUCGUUGAGGCUAGUUGAUAUUUUGAGUUUAGUAGGAAAAUGCUUAGAUUUAUGCUGCAAUGGGCAGAGGUUCGAAUCCCACGUGUUGAAAAUAAUUUUAUUUGAUUGGGAGCCUGUAGAAGCUAACAUGGCGUCAGAAUAUCAAGUUCGCUAUAUUCACCUACACUCUUCCCGCACUCUAUGGAAGGAAGAGGAGGCCAAAUUCAGCAAAUAUUUGCUUUGUCCAAAAGACCCCUGUGGACGUCAUUGCUAUUUGGUCUUUAACUUGGAUCACAAUCCGGACGAUUAUGCCUUUAUGGUCCGGGCAAAAGUGGACGGGAUUUGGAAUAACUGGAAAUUGGCUGGACGUCCAACAAUCGCUGACCAACCAGAUGUCAAAGAACGUUGUUGUAUCGUUCCUCCACCUUACAAAGUUGAAAGUAUUGGGCACGACGGAACUCAUUGGGAUGUCCCUAUAGCUCCCUCACCUACUGACCACAAUAUUACUCGUUAUUAUGUUGUUGUGGAUGAAAGAGACCCUCCUGGAGAUACAAACUGGACAAUGUUGACAGACAAAGUAACGGCACAUCGUCUACAUAUUCCUUAUUAUGUAACGGCUUCUUACUCUACACAAACUUUGGAAUCCCAUACAAAUGUGAGGAUUGGGAAUGGAUCGGUUAUUGGUGGAUAUUUGAACUAUCCGUUACAAAAAGGGAAGACAUACCAUUAUGAGAUAUAUACAAAAUGGAUGAUGCAUGGUGAUCAGCCUGUCAUUGCACGACAAAGACCAGAAGCAUUCCUAGCAGCUGGUUGGCCGUGGUGGUGGUUGUUACUUUUAUUAUUGUUGUUGCUUCUUUUGUGUCUCUUGCUCUCAGUUUUGCUAUUUUGGCUGUUGAAAAAAUGUGGUAAAAAACACUAUAGAAAUGGCCAACACGAACCUCUUAUCAAAGAAAAAUAUGAGAGAUAUGAACAUACUAGAGGCAACUUUGAAGAUGGGUAUUCACAAGGAUAUCGUGCUGGGAGAGGUGGAAGGCGUGUUGAGGAAGAUUGGAGGGGAAGGGAUGAGGCGUUUAGAGGUUAUGCAAAAGGCCUUCGUGAUACAGGUGAUAGAGGUAUGAGCACCUCAAUGACCAAUUUAGCACAGCGUCCAACUCAACGGCUGGGUUACUCUUCGGGUUAUAUGCAAGGCUUUAGAGAUGGAUCUUCAGGCGUCUUUGGUGACAGAAUAACCGAAAGUCUGUUAAAACGAUUGGAAGAGCAAUACCCAGAUAAUGAGGAAUUCCGUACCGGAUAUAUUGACGGAUUUAAAGAUGGGGUUGGGGGAGGUCGUUUUGAAGAUUCUCGAAGAAUACAGCAAAGUUUGACAGAAUUAACAGAAAGGUUAACUACAAUAGAAAAAACUGUCGAAAAGGGGGAUGAAAUACAUUCUACAAAAAUAUAUCAUGUUUACAAUCAAUCACCUGAAAUGCUGGCACAAGGACAACAAUUAGUUAGCGAGUUGGAAGAGUUGGCUUCCGGCUCUAAACGAAGUACUUUACGUCGUCAUUACACACCUGGCGAUUAUUUGCGUUAUGAUGAGGCUAGUGGGGAAUAUAACAGCCUUGGGAGAAGUAGGCGUUCAAUGAGUGCUACAGCACUUGGACGGGGUGGUGGAGAACAACAACAAACUUCAGCAAUCACAACAACCCACCAAUGGCCAGAAGAUUUAAUUGAAAUUGUCCACGAACCAAUGGGUCAAACUUUGGACAGAAUGCGGCGUUUCAGUACUUCUCUAUCCAACGUAGAAAGGACAGAAGGAGCAGCAGCUGAAACAGAAAAAGUAGAUCAUCAAGAAAAAUAUAAACGAACAUAUAGAGAGGAAUACUCGUAA